GCGGAGCUGAGCUAUAAGAGCGCAGGAGCGCGCAACGGCAGCAUCACAGCACACCAGACACAUGAUGGGCCUGCGCAGCGUGGAGGAACUGGUGACCGGUAAGCGGUCGGAGGGCAAGGAGGCAGAUGGCGGCGAGUACGAAGCGGUGGUCAAGCAGGAGAAGCGGGAUGACCUCCGGUCCCACCGCCAGCUUCUGGGCGGCGACCUGUCGGAGGAGAGCGACAGCGGCGGCGAAGUGGAGGAAGUCAGCGUGGCGGCUCUGCAAAUGGACAAAUGCGGCCGCCUGCGUCUGGAGACGGUGGACGACUUGUUCAACAUCCUGCAGCUGAGGAAGAGAAGAAGGGAAAGGAAGGCUCCCGCCCACAAGAAGCGUCAUCAGCCUGACGUGGAGAUGCUGCCCGACACGGUGGACGCCGAGCUCUUCCUCGCCGCCGCCAUGGACAACAAGAUGGCGCUGGUGGAGAAGUACCUGAGCGAGGGAGGACAGCCCGACACGGCCGACCACUUCCAGAGGACGGCGCUGCACAAAGCCUCCUUCAAAGGUCACGUGGACGUCAUGACCAGGUUACUAGACGCCGGCGCCGCCAUCGAAAGAAAGGACAAGCUGGAGGCCACGGCGGUCCACUGGGCGUGCCGAGGAGGAAACCUUCCUGCCCUUCAGCUCCUCCUCAAACGUGGUGCCAAGUUCACCGCCAGAGACAAGCUGCACAGUUCUCCUCUGCACGUGGCCGUCAGGACAGGACAUCACGAGUGUGCCGAGUACCUCAUCCACUGCGGCGCCGACGUCAACGCCAAAGACCGGGACGGGGACACGCCCAUGCACGACGCCGUGAGGAUCAACCGCUUCAAGAUGAUCAAGCUGCUGAUGCUCUCCGGCGCCGGCCUGCACGUCAAGAACAGCGACGGGAAGACGCCGAUGGAGACGCUGUACUGCUGGCAGAACGGCGCCAAGAGCCUCCUCUUCCACGUCGGCGAGGAGAACGCCGAGCGGAGGAGCGCCAAGCUGCCGUGACGUCAUCAAAAGUGGACGAGACUGGAUUGGUUUUUUCUCGUUUCCUUGACGGCCGUGCAGGGAGGGGGCGUGGCAAACCCGUGACUGGGCGGUCCCUCGGGUCGCCGUGUUGGCGGGAAUGUGGAAAGCGAUCGCGCGACGACUGCGUCGAAUGUUGCUGGGCGACAUUUUUGUUUUGGAUGUCGGCGACGCUUCCUUUCUUUCUUGGUGACCAUAGAGAACUACUUUGUUGAUAUCCGUUGUUUGAGUCAUGUUCGGUAACUUUAUCGUAAAAAUGAUGUCAUUUACAGUAAUGCACUAUAGAGACCAGCGUGAAAAAACCAGGGUAAAACUGUAAAAUCUACAGAUA